GAUGCGAUUUCGCCGAACUUAGCAAGAAUGAGUUCAAACGCAUCAGUAUCAACGCCGCCAUCCAGCAGUGGGACACAGGGCCAUGUGUUCACAGAAAAGGACUGCUCUCUGUUUAGAAUUCUGAAGAUAGUGAAAGAUGUAGUGACCGAAGUGCUGCUUUUCAUUCUGCACUGGUCCACUAAAGAUGAGAAGGAUCAAGGCAUGUCCUACUGGGAUUAUUUUACUACUGUUAAAGGCUUAAGCAGUGAUAAGCUUAAACACGCCUGCAGAAUUGAUAAAACAAUGAAGUAUGCAUUGAAAACCAAGCCACCAGAGGAGUAUGAUGCUUCGUUGCUAUGUGCUUGUAUCAGAUGUGUGUUUUACUACCGUAAUGAUGCACAGGACCUUUUAGAUAGUUUAAAAAAGGUGAAAGAUUUUAGAAACGAAAUCAUACAUCAAGGACUGUCUGACAGUGCCUCCUUGAGGCCGAAGGCAAAUGAAAUUGAAGUCCAUCUGAAAUGUCUUAUUGAGAAAGCAAAGAUUGCUAUCUCUAUCGAUGAUGAUGAAGUUUCUAAAAUGACUAAGAAGAUGACUGAAAAUAUUAACAAAAUCUGCUCUGAAAGAUUUUCACCUUCAGAUAUGGCAAAUUACUUACUUUUGGAAAAGCUGAGGAGUGAAGGUUUAGGAAAUCUUCGGACUACAUAUGAGGAUCUGACAUACAUCAAUCCACUGCAUUACCUAUAUGAGAAGACUUCCCUUCGGGUGAGCAUGGUGUAUAUACAGCUAGAGAUGGUGGCUGAUGAUAAACAUGCCAAUGGCCAGCAGGUGAAGCACACUGACUUGUUCUCUAAGACUUAUAACCCGAGUAUGAAAGCCAAGGUCAUCCUGGUUGAAGGUCCAGCUGGGUCUGGGAAGACUACUUUGACCAGACUGCUGAUUAAUAACUGGAGGGAGGUGAAUUCUGACAUUAAAGGUCUCCUAGAUUUUGAAUUUCUCCUAUUUAUGGAGUGCAGGGCACCCCACAUUGGGAAAUUCACUGAAUUACUAGAAAUUUUAUUCCCAUAUGUCGCCCAGUCCUACACAGGGGAUGAAAUGCUGAAGUGCCUGCGUAAAGAGAAGGUUUUGGUGAUUGUUGACGGCCUUGAUGAGGUGAACUCCAAGUCAAGGAAUGUCUUUCACGAGAUCCUCUACAACACACAGUCUUCCAAUCUGUGUGUGUUGGUCACCACUCGGCCAGAGGCUGUUGAGCUCUGUUACGAUCUCUGUCCAGGGCACAGGCAUUACCAAAAUCAGGAUCCUAGGUAUUCCCGAAAACAAAAGAGAGGAGUUUGCCAUCAAGUAUCAUGAAGAGAUGCUUGAGACCCCUAAUAAUUGUGACAAAAACAGCCUGGUACAGUACCUACGCAAAAUGAGCAUUAACUUCACAGACUAUUGGCGCAUUCCCAACAACUUGUGUAAACUAGUGAUUGUGUGGACACACUGGCCAGACACUUUGGAUGGCGUAACAACUGCAACAGAGCUGCUUAAGGUUACAGAAGAAUUGCUUACCAAAAGUAUUAAGGAAAGGGUGAGCCAAAAACCUGAGUGCAAUGACCUAUUUCCUGAAGAUAUCACAAGAAAGAUAGAUGACUUCUUUCGACCUAAAAUGUAUGAAAAUGCAUUUUAUGGUCAAAGAGAAGGUUUGUCUCUUAGUGAUGAAUCUGAAACAGAACUAAGAGCCGUGUGUGAGAAGUUAAAGUUGCCCUCCACAGAAGUGCUAGGGGGGUUCUUUGCACAGAGAAAUAUAUGGACAAAGACCGGCACUUCAAUCAAAUACAGUUACACACACAAAGGAAGCCAAGAUUUUUAUGCAGCACUUCACAUACUGCAUAAUCUCAGAAGCCAGAGUGAAGGAGCCAGUUCAGGAAGAAGCAUUCGGGUUAUGCUUGAGGGACAAGAUAUUAAGAAAUACCAAGAAGUGUUAAAACACUUGAUUGGUCUUUUGUACACUGAAGGCGGUGGAAAUAAGGCCUCAGAGGAAAUAGUCCAACUAUUGGAGGAAUCGGGUGUCUGUGACAAAGAGGCUUGGCUCGAUAUCCUAAGCAAUGUCAAAGCUAACGAUGUCAUUGCCAAGUUGGUCUCUAAGUAUGUGCCAGAUGUGAUGCACCUCAGAGGCUGCACUUUUAUUGAGGAUUCUAAUGUGGCGGUCUAUGCAAAGUUGCUGAAAACAGCAAACCCAAAGAAGAUAAGGGUCAUAAUAAGAAACAGCCCUUGCAGUGUACCCAGUCUCCAGGAUCUUUUCGAGACGAUGUGUCUGCUGAACUCUGAGGUAAAAGUCUGCUUUCAAAAGGACUUCCUGGAGCCAUGGACUGCUACUAGUGUCACUGACAUUCCACUGCGAACACUCUUUGAAAGGGGUACCAUUAAGGCAUUCACUGGAUGUGCCCGAGAGGAGGUCCUGGCUGGGCUUCCUGAAAGCAUUGCGGUACUCCAUGUAUCGGUAGCAGACUGCAAUCAAAUGGAACAUUUAAUAUCUACAGUCGGGAGGCUCAAACAACUAGAAUGGCUGUGUAUUCACGCGGCUGCAGGAGUGGACGUGAGGAGCCAGCCAGCACUGUCUAACAUCGACCACAUUCUCUAUGAGGCCGAGGGAGAUUCCAAUAUUACAUUAAUCGUGAGGAGGAAGACAAGGAAAGUUCCCUUAGACAAGCCCCAUGUGGAGGAGUUCAAGCUUCUCUAUCAAAACGAUGACUUGGACUCUAAACUUCAUGUUGAUGAAAAGUUCCUCUUAGCCUUUGAGAUGUCCCACCUGCAUGCGGCUCUGAAUGUCUUGGGCGAUUGCGAUGAAUUACACCAUAACAUAGAAGUGCGUUUCCACUAUCAACCCACCCAGAGCCAACAUACUAAUUCGGCUGGGAACGGCAACAGAUCGGUUUCUGGCUGCAGUGGCGUCUCCUCGAGAUAUUCAUUCACGAUGAAUAUUUAUUUCAAUGGGGAAGACGGGCAGUAUGACAACAUAGAGUGGCACAUCCCAGGUGACCCAGAGGAAAUCCCACGCCUGAAGGAACUUAUCGUCGCCACAGCAGGAAAGACAGAAUUUUUACAACUAAUCCACGACUUCCGAUAUCCAAGAGACGGCGGCAGCAUCCUUGAAGGAUUUCUCAUGGAAGAAUUCCAAAGGUAAUGUUCAGCUUAAUUU